GAUGGCUACAAUAGACGUUGUGCAGUAUUAUUUUAUGUCAUUAUAUGCAUGAUUAAAACGAAUCUACUGUUGAGAGUAAUCUACAGACAAAUACAAAGUCAGUUUUAAAUCGCGCUGUUUCUGGUAUUUUAUCUAUAACCAUUACGUUGAUUAAAAUCUUGUUGUGACGUUUUGAAAUAUUCCAAAGACAAACUAAGCACCGGAAAGAAAACAACAGAUUGGUAUUUUGAGGUGAUUGUGAGGUUUGGUAUUAGAAUUGGUGACAGAUAAGGAAUGUUUUAAAACCAAUGUAAAUUGAUAUCUGACAAUGAUAUCUAAAACUGUAUUAUUAUUUGGUCUGUGUCUAUAUUCUUAUAUUCAAGAGAUAUUAGCUGGAAAGAAAUGUUUCAAAAAUGAGGUAUAUGGUGAUAGGGAAGGAAAUGUCUAUAUGUGCGAGGAUUCGGGAAAGACAGAAUGUUGUGAGAAGGAUGAAGAAUUUGUGUGUUGUGAACCAGCAUCUGAAACCGCUUUGAGAGAACAGCUACAGUUGUGGGGUUGCGUGUCAGGCUUCGUGGUUCUCUUAAUAAUAAUUGGCAUUUGCCUGAGAAAAGACUUUAAUCUAUGUAAAUCAGAAAGAUGGAUCUUCUAUAAAUAUACAAAGGAGGGUAAAGCGAAAAAGAAGGCAACAUUAGUUGAUAAUGAGGUAACAGAAACAGAUCAGAGGGAUUAUAAACCAAACUAUAAAGAAUCUAACAACUUCGUUUAUGAUCAAAAUGCAGUGAAAAAUUAA